AUGAGAAGCUACAGCAGCAGAGGCCGUACACCGGAGGUGUGGCUUCUUUACAGCAAGGGUCGUUUCCUCGGCUUCACUCGUGGAAAGCGCGCUCAGAACACCAACACCGCUCUCCUCCAGCUAGAGAACGUCUCCACCAAGGAGGAGACCCAGUUCUAUGCUGGCAAGCGUGUUGCGUACGUCUACCGUGCUGCCACCGCCAAGAAGGGCACCACCGUCCGUUGCAUCUGGGGUCGCAUCUCCCGCUCCCACGGUAACUCGGGCAUUGUCCGUGCCAAGUUCCGCCACAACCUGCCCGCCCGCGCCAUGGGUGCCUCGGUCCGUGUCAUGAUGUACCCCUCCAACAUCUAA